AGGAGUGACAGGGUUGUGCAUAUAAGCUAUGACGAACUCACAUCAUUGAAUACAACUGAACAAGAUGGAAGAACAUAGAUGUGUAAGCAUUUUUUUUCAGAAUUCAUCAGAAUCGUGGAUAUCGCUGAAAACAAAUAAAUACUCCCGUCCAGUAUUGAGAGUACACAUCAAGUGUGGGAAGGAUAUAUCCCACGUGAUGCUUGCAGUCAACAACCGACGGGGGUCACUCAAGCACCUGUUUGUUCUGAAGGCUGGCAAUGAUAUGGAGCGGUCAGUCCCGGAUCUGGACACAGUCCAGGUGUUCGGACUGAAGAUUGACACUGGACAGAGCAGCGACAGAUACCCCUUGGCAACAUCGUAUACUGUGGAAACAACUCGCAAACUUGUCAUUUCUCCAACUUACCAGACACAAGAGUUGGACUUGAGUUGUGGGUUCUCCUCACUUGGUCACGUGAUGCACCUGUUGGGGGAGACUCAGGAUCGACUUGAGAUGGAGGUUGAGCACAAGCCACCACUGGACUACAGCCUCAAGCCUACAGGACCUUCUGACAGCGAGGCAGGUCUGUGUGUUGUGUUCUGUGAGAGAAGUCAGAAGGAGUACGUUGUGAUGUCGUCUGCCCCGGUCAGCGCCAGCAUCCCACUCCUGCCUGUCUGUCGGUCCAGGACCAACUACAAGGUCAAGGUCGUGGGACUCACAGGUUCCAGUGUGGACCAAACUGGACAACGGUCAGCUGUGUGUCAGGACUACACACCAACUGGUGGAUCAGACACCAUCACUGUCAAGACAUGCAAUACUAAGGCAGAUCUCCAGCAGCUUCUGGACAAAGCAAAGACCUUUUGUUCCAAGAACCUGCAAACUCCAGGCAGAUAUAAUGUUACGAAGUUCUACCGCAACAAACCUGAGUCCUACUAUGAUAACAUCAUGUCCAACAGAGCUGGAGUGAUGGAGAAGUACCUGAAGGACAACAAUGGCGACCCAUAUUGUCCAAUCAACAACAAAAUCAAUGGCCUCUUCUUCAGCGGAUCAAAGAACAAAAAGAAAAUACCGAACUUCUCCUUCUUCGGAAACAGACGUCUUUUCAUCCCGGUGGAGGAACUGUUCACAUCAGACACCAGGAUGUACUUCUCAGACUUUUACUGUCACAAGGAAACACAUUACGUCACAGUUGUGGUCACAAAGAUGGGAUCAGCUGAAGACAGAUUCAGUGAGGGGAGGCUUCCUGAACUGGAUUUGCACCUCAACCCAUUUUUCACUGUCAGAGAAGACACCACACUCAUGUCACAGUUUGUAUCAUGCUCACGAAAAAUUGAAGACAUUCUUAGAGGAUACUCGAGAAGUUCCAUGUCCAGACAGAAAGAUGUUCCGAAGACGUUCACGAUGGUGUCUGUCAACAAGUUCCAUGUGGAGUUUCUGUACACGGAGGAUGUCGACAUCAGGGGCUUGAUGGACAAGUGUGGGGAGGACAAGGUGUAUUUUAAACAUGUCCGUGUCCGGGGGAGGGGACGCAGCAAGAAGGAGGGAAUUCCUAAGAAGCUUGACUGUCCAGACUGCAGCUUUGACCCUUAACCCGAACAUGAUGAGUUGCAUACAAGGGGUGACUUGAAAUGAGGUUAUAUGCUUGUAUGACAUCACGCUAACCAUUUUUGGAGAACACCUGGUAUUUGAUAGUGAUUCAUAAACACCUGGUAUCAUCACUAUUUGAUAGUGCUUCAUAAACACAAACUCGUGAUAGAGUCUGAUUCUUACGGUCGACGCCUCUUUUUGCAGAGACUUCUUUUGAAUAUGGAAGGGCUUUCAUUCUCUUAAUGACAGAACAAAUGCCUUUUGUGAAUGCCAACUGAAUUAUAUGCCUUCUAUAUGUGCUAUUUGUAAUAUGUGUUGUGUUACUUUAAUCUUAUUUGAAUGAAUCUGACUGAUAGUAUAACCGUAGGCUUCAGAAUUGUUUCUGCCUAUAUUUAUCUCUUAUCAUCGUGAUCAUUGCCAUACAUAUUUUGUGUUUAAUUCUAUUUAAUAUGUACUCAUAUUUCUACAUUUUGUGAUAUUUCCAUGUCAAAUCUGUUAUACUAGUUGAUGGUUGUUGUCAUAGGGUGUUUUUUGGAUGAAAUUAUUUUUUUAAUCCUUCAGUUAUUUAUCCUUUAGGUGUGUAAUGAACAAAGGACUAAAUCGGUGAUAUUUGUAAGUUAUACACUGAUUCCGUGUGGAAUAAUGUUUGUCAUGAUUGUGUUAGUUAAGUACUUGCAUUAGUGCAAUCUUUAUUGAUCGACUGCACAACUAAAUCCUAUGUUAUCAUGAUCGCAUAGCAAUUACACGUUGAGAUUUAACAUGCUUCACCAUAAUGUUUCUAUUUAUAUUCAUCUCUUAUCACGUGAUCAUAGCCAUGAAUAUUUUUGUAUGAAUCUAUUUUGUACACGUAUUUCCUCAUUUUGUGAUAUUAUCAAGCCAAAACGUUUAUACUUGUUCAUGUU